AUGACCUUGGCACUGCCGGCGCGUACGCGUUGGCGCACAGGAAAGCCAGACAUGUGGGACAUGCAGUUGUUAGAGUACAAGGUCGCUACAGUUGUACGGUUAUAUAUGGUGGCUACCCUCGUUAAGUAUGCAAUAGCUGGAAUUGGCGUUGGAUUUUUAACCUAUUGUGUGUAUUUUGAUCGAAAAAGGCGAAGCGACCCACAAUUCCGGAUUAAACUAAUGCAGCGACGCCGUGAACGGGAACUUUCUGCCAAGAAACAGUCCAUGCCGGCAUUACCACCUCUGAACGACCCAAAGGCGAUUCACCGUUUCUUCCUCGAACAGAUUCAGCAGGGAGAGGUUGCACUUUCAACUGGUGCAAUCGAUGAAGCGGUGCAGAGCUUCGCUCUAGCUGUCGUCGUCUGCGGUCAACCUACACAGCUUUUGCAGGUUCUGCAGCAGUCUCUAAGUCCACCAGUGUUCUCCAAGCUAGUUUCCGCGUUGCCUGCCGUGCGAAAGAUGGUUCUGUCCACUAGCCUUCCCACAAGAGGUUCGACUGUUGAAAUAGAAGAGGAGCUCGAGUAG